CCAAGGGAAAGUUGAGAGUUAAGUGCCUGGCAUGCAAAGCUAUGGAGGCUCUUGGUUAAGUCAGCCCACAAACAAUCAAACUCGCUUUGUCUUCAAGCUACAGUCGAUCCUUGAGCUCUAUGCAGAACUUCUUUCCUUCUGUCAUAGGACCUUUUUAAUUUUUCUCUUGUACCUUUUUAUCUAUCUUGGCUCUUUAAGCUCUCUUUCUCAGGUACGUACUUGUCUCUUUCUCCCUCAGAUUAAUAUUUGUGGUCAAUCCCUGCCAUAUCAUAGCAACACAUGCAGAUUAUAGUUUAUAGUUUAUACCUUUUUUUCCAUGGAAAACAGCUAUACCCUUAUAUUUUCCCUAUUCUUGUUUGUUUUCCUUUCUGUCUAUGAAGAUAGCCUUAUGUAGUCAUGUUGUUUCACAUUGUAUGGUUUUUUUCCAGUUUCUGAUCUGCAAACAAUUUAAAACCUUUUUUUUCCUUUAUUAAUGGAAUUUCAUCGCGAAAACCACACACUUGAACAAAGCUUUUAAAUAACAGGAAGCUAUAAACAAGAUGUUUUAAUCCAAUUUUGCUAGGAAAACCUUAAGGAACAAAAGAAAUGCAUAGCAUCUGUAUGUAUAUCAUGUACAAGGUAAAGUUCCUGGAAUAAAUAGAGAACUACUCUUAUUAUUUAGCCACGAACUUAAAUGUAUCAAUCAGACAAAACAUUACAGAUUUGGAUAAUCAGAAGAGGAGGUAAAAAGAAUGGCAUCGCUCACUCCAGGAGUACUACUAAAGCUUCUUCAGGGUAUAAACUCCAAUGUAAAGGUUCGAGGAGAAUAUCGAUCCGUUCUACUACAAGCCAUCAGCAUUGUGCCUGCCUUAACCGGAUCUGACCUGUGGCCUAACCAUGGCUUCUUCAUAAAAGUCUCUGAUUCCUCUCACUCGACAUAUGUCUCACUUUCAAAGGAAGAUAAUGAGCUCAUCUUGAACAACAAGUUGCAACUCGGCCAGUUUUUCUACGUGGAUAGGAUGGAAGCAGGAACACCAGUUCCUAGUCUUGUUGGGGUGAGACCAGUCCCAGGACGACACCCUUUUGUGGGGAAUCCAAAGGAUCUCAUGCAAAUGUUAGAGCCGUCAGAGUGUCCAGUCCAAUCUGGUGACGAAGGACUAGAUGGUACAAAAUUGAGGGAGUUAUUGGCCGAAGUAAAGGGCGACAGCCCGAGACAGAAAAUUGUUAUCAAAGAGGAGAAGGCAAAGGUCGCAUCUAGGUACAUGCAGGGUGUUUUGGCACCAAAUAAUGCUAAAGCAAGUGGAGUGGAUUCGAAUGGAGGCGAGAAGAGCAAUGAGAAUGAGAAUGUUGGGGCAAGUAAGAAGGUUGGAACGGUGAAAGGAAAGCAUCAAGAGCUGAAAGGUCAGACACGCUCGAUGACUCCUUCCCGAAAUCUAGCUAAUGCACUUUCAUCAAAGCCAGACGCUGCUGCAUCUGACAAAGAGAUAGCACUUUCUUUUAAGAGCACUCCUGCAAAACGCACUUCAAGUAAACAGGAAAACAUGAACUUGAAUUGUUUGUCGAACAAUAAAGAUAAAAACCCUUCACCUGAGGCAGCUGCAUGGGCUUCUCUGCCUGCUGGUCUUUUGAAGCCAGGAAAGGGAAUGCUUAGAAGGAGAAAUUUAGCUUCUUUCGUUGCAGCAGAAGCUCAGAAGCAGGCAGCCACGGCUGCAACUCUGGUCAUGUGCCUCAGUAUGUUUGCUGAUCUCUGCUCAUAUGCCUCGUUGGAGAACCCCCACCUGUAUCUUACCAAGUUCUUCACACUCUAUCAGCUGCUUGAACAACCGAAUGCAGCAACUCCUUUAAAGGAUAAGUCACUUCAGUUAUCAGCUCUCCUAUCUGUUCCAGACAUGGACAAAACUGGCAAAAAGGCUGGUCCUAUUCAUGGUAAAAGUAUGUUGAAGUCUCCAAAGGCUCCUAUUGAUUUAAGUGGGGCUGAGAAAUUAGAAUGGGCUAAAUGGGAUGAUGCAAGAGAGAUCAAAGACCUGAGAGAGGUUCUGUUAAAUGAAACAAGAUCUUGGUUUUUGAAAUUCUUGGAGGGGGCAUUGGAUGUUGGGUUUCGUGUAGUUACCCAGGAGAAGAAAGGUAAGGACCGUGCAGGACAACAAAUGGAGCCAGACAACCAUAUUGCUGUCACAUUAUCACAGCUUAAGCAUGCGAAUGAGUGGUUGGAUAAACUGAGAAGCAUAUUGAGGUCAGAGAAUGAUGGGAUGCUGGAGAUUGUUGAGCGGUUGAAGAAGAAAGUUUACACUUGUUUGCUUGUCCAUAUAGAGUCUGCAGCAUCAGCUCUGGAGAAUCGCUCUCAUCGUGGUUGAUUCAAGAAAGAUUAAUGUUUUAGAAUUUUAUUUAUCUUCUGGUAUUUUAUGAAUAACUUAUUAUUAAGGUUAUAUGGAUUUCUAACUA